AUGAUCCCCCGCGAUCGCGGAGCGGGACGCGGAGAUUCCAAGAGCGCUCCCGGGGGGGCACCGCGCGCUCCUCGGCACCAGGGGGCGCUGCGGGCACUGCGAACCCAUCCCGGGAACAUCAUCCCGGGAAACCCAUCCCGGCAUCCCAAACCUCGGGAUACAGCACCUCCAGAGCGACCCCGCGCCCCAAUCCGCCUUCAGAGCCGCUGGCCGACGGCUCUGCCCCGGUCGCUGCCCGAGAAUCGACCGCGCCAGCACCGCCACAGCACGCCGGGGAUGCUGGAACGCCACUUGAGGGGAACCGUGACAGAGUGUCGAGGGGUCUUGGACAAUAAUCAGAGAUUUUCUUCGUUGCCAACGUACCUACCUGUGAGCUAUCGGAUCUCCAACGAUGAAACAUCUUUCUUUCUCAAAGAAGCCAACCAGGACUUCAUGAGAAACUCCAGUUUGCAAUCCAGGGUGGAAUCCUUCUUCCCAUACAAAGCCAAGAGACCGCCUGUACUAAACGCCAGCUACGGACCCUUCUCCGUUGAACAAGUCGUGCCCCAGGAGCUCAUGUUGACCUCCAGCCCUUUUGGAUCUGCCAACAAGUUUACUUACAACUGGAAGCUUCAGGCCUACAUCAUGAGCAACAAAAUUUACCCGAGCAAGCCCAAGGUGCAGGUGCUGUUCUACAUCGUGGGCAGGGACUGGGAUGACUACAGCACCACGGAGCGCCUGCCCUGCCUGCGGGUGUUCGCCUUCCGGGAGACGCGGGAAGUGCGAGGCAGCUGCCGGCUCAGAGGGGACCUGGGGCUGUGCGUGGCAGAGCUGGAGCUCCUGCCCAGCUGGUUCAACCCCCCCACGGUCGUCACGGGCCGUAAAAAGCCACCGGAUCAGUUCGAAGGGAGCCCUGUGGAGCUUUACUACACCAUCCAGCCGGGGGAUGAGAAGGGAGAGUGCACCCCUGAGGAUAUAAGGAAGGGAAACGCCAUCCGGCCGGGAAAGGAUGGCAUGGAUGAAACCGUGUCCCACCUGCAGAGGAUCGGAUCUGUCAGCCUCUAUCGAGGCCAGGAGACCUCCCAGCUUACGGAGCUGAGGCUGGAUGGUAACAUCGUUGUCUGGUUGCCCUCAAAGCCGGUCAAACAAGGGGAGGUCGUGAACGUUUACGUGACAAUCGCCAACAACUCCACGGUGGAUCAGUUCGUACUCAGGUACAAGCUGAAGAAAUGGAGAAGGGGGAAGAAAAUAUUGCCUUGUUUUCCUACCAUUG